GCGGGAUUUGUUUUGUUGUAACACACCAUCCAUGGCCGUCAAACAACAGCUGUCCUAACCAAGUGGAGUUUUCUAUCUACUGCUCGCUGUAGUGUUGCGCUUUAGCGACCAUUUUGAUGUGAUGUCAGAUAAACGUCAGCGUGCCAGAGUCCAGGGAUCCUGGGCCAAACAAGUGCCAAAACACUCCAGGCCAAUUGGUGCCAUCCAAAACAACCAGCAGCCUAAAGGCGUCAACACAGCUCCUGCUGCGUGGGGAUGUGGACCACAGAAAACACAGAAAACGUUUGAGUUUCACCAGCCUGUGAAGCCAGUCAGAGAGGUUCCACCAGAGAAGGUGAUAGAAAAAGCAGGUGGUUAUGAGAUUAGCCAUGGACCAUCAGGAGUGUCAAGACUGCAGCUGCUGCCUGGAUUUCUUACCCCAGAAGAGGCUGACUGGAUGUUCAGUAAGCUGCUAGCAGAGCUUCCCUGGUCUCAGAAGACAAACUACAGACAGGGUGAGGCGUAUGACGAGCCCAGGUUAACCUGCUGGUAUGGAGAGUUGCCGUAUACGUAUUCUCGCUCCACCAUGGCUCCAAACUCACAGUGGCAUCCCUUGCUGUUAACCCUUCGUGAGGCAGUGGAGCAGGUGAGCAGACACAGCUUCAAUUCACUGCUGUGUAACCUUUACCGGGACGGCCACGACAGCAUCGGCUGGCACAGUGACGACGAGGCGUCUUUGGGUGAGAAGCCCACCAUCGCCUCCCUCAGUCUGGGUGAUACGAGAGUGUUCAGCCUCCGUAAGCAGCCUCCACCGGAGGAAAAUGGAGAUUACACAUAUGUGGAGCGGAUUCGCGUUCCUCUGAGUCACGGGACACUUCUGCUGAUGUCAGGAGCCACACAAGAUGACUGGCAGCAUCAAGUGGCCAAAGAGUACCAUGACCGUGGACCUCGAAUCAAUCUGACCUUCAGAACCAUUUACCCAGAGCCCGAGGGGCACAGGGCAGGGACCAAGAUACGAUUCACAGCCACACAACCGUAAAACCUCUGCCAGAGUCAGUGAUUUCUUCAGCUGAAGCACUCUGCCAGCUAUCAUAAGACAGUUGAGCUCUCGGCCUGCAGGGACUGAUGAGAAUUGCAAACACACUCUUCAAGUUUCUUGUCCUCGCCCUCUCUGUCAUGUGUUGUCUUUAAGUUAGGAGUGCUUUAAGUUAAACCAGCACUCCACAAGGUUUAUAUGCUGAUCAGUAUACCCCUGGGAAAAGAUGGUAAAAUGUGGCGCCAUUCCCUGCCAGUUUCAUCAUCAUCAUCAUCCUACACGGGUAUACUGGUUGCACCGGUUCAAAGGUCGCAGUCAACUUUUUACAUUUAAAAAAGUAUGGAAAUAGGAUUUUAUAAUCUGGAUUUUCCUAAACACUUCAUGAGCAAAUACCAACUGAACCAAAUUACUGCCUACCACUGUUUUUAAGUAAAUUUUGUCCUUUCUAACAUAAUAUUUACAUCUAAAACAGACUAAAAGGGGGAACGUGUAUUGGCUUAAAAGGGCGGUAACAUCACCUCAAAGGCUCUCAUCAGGGGACACUUUCUAUUCUGUAACACUAAAGAAAAGCAACCAGUGUUUUUGAAGACUGUGGUUUUCAAAUAAAAUACAUAUUUGAAAUCUU